AUGCUACACACUGUACCGAACACCACUAUCAGCCAAGCAAUAUGUCAGGAAGCGUCCAAAAAACUACGAAACCAUGCAAUUAGCGUAUCUUACAGUAAGCAACAGAAUCUUUGUCAUGAUAUCGACACAUCUAAGCAACAACUCUCACAGUUAGUUACCCCGUUGGAGAGUAAGAACAUUUUGGCAUUUCACGAUUUUACGUACAAGAAGGAAUUUCGAUACCGACUCAACUCUAAACUUGAGAAAAUUAAAAAUCUAGCGAAGAAUGACCAACUCCUUCACAAUAUGUGCAACAAUAGAACUAACAACCUAUUCAAUUAUUUUCCUAAAUGGAUCUUCACAUCAGCUAAGUGCGAUUUACCGACCAGUGUUGUCAAUUUAUCUAGUUAUUCUCCAACAUCAGAUGAACACUCCGUACUUGAAAAGGGCUUGUCAUUUUGCCCCACACGUCGACAACUUGACGCUGUGAACCUAUGCUCUGACAUGGAACAAUUCAUCCGACGAAUUAGGUUAAAGGAGUACUUUAAAGACCAGCCGGAGACCGCUGACUCUAACUCAAAAACCUACAAAAGUCCAACAAGCGGUAAUCAGUUCACACCACCAACCGGUAGGAACCCAUACAUUGAUAGCUUUGCUAAGGCCGCUAAGUCACAUCUAGAUAUAUUUAUUCAAAAGAAUUUAACCACUCAACAAACGGACAACCUAACCCCAAAGGAAAGGACAGCAAUGCGUAACCUCCGCCAAAAUAAGGAUAUUGUAAUCAAACAAGCUGACAAGGGUGGUGCCAUCACCUUAAUGGACAGGAGUAGGUACAUCGAUGAAGUUAACAAACAAUUAUCCGAUGAACACUUCUAUGAACAGCUACCUUCUGAUUGCUCUCAAACCUACAGAAAGGAAGCUCUAGAAAUGGUGGCUAAUUUGACAACCGACACCAAGUCAAAAGCCAAAUCAUUAAUUCCUCUUAAUCCGAGGACUGGAGUCUUAUACACAAUACCAAAGUUACACAAGUUGCCAAAACUUGUUGAAGAUAGUCUCAAUUCACCAGACCACGCCACUAACCAUUCAACAAAUCUCUCAACCAUCUACCAUCAUGCGAAGUCAUUAAGUAUCAACCCACCGGGACGGCCUAUUGUAUCAGGCAACGGCACACUCACGGAACAUAUCUCUGGAUUCGUCGACUCGAUACUUAAUCCAUUACUGCCAUUUAUACCGAGUUUUGUUCAGGAUACCACAGACUUUUUGAGAAAAUAA